ACAAAUAUUCAAACAUCUUCUUCUUUCACUCUCAUCACAUCAGUCUCUCUGUCUCUCACUCUCACUUCACUAGUAUUCACUGUAUCCCUUCCUUCCUUGCAAUUCCAUCUCUCUCUGCUAGAGCCACCAUUUCUUGCAGGGAAAACAAAAUUAAAAAUGGUGGCAUGCAUCAAAAGUUUUCCAAUUUCUAAUUCCCAUUUUACCCCUAUCUUAUUCACUUAUUUACUGCUCCUCUCCUUCUCCGCCUCCACCACUCCCAUUCUAGCCAUUAACAUCACCACUCUCCUUUCUUCCUAUCCUAACUUCUCCUCCUUCACUGCUCUUCUUUCCUCUACACCUUCCUUAGCUAAUGAACUCACCGGCUGCUCUUCCCUUACUCUUUUAGCCGUACCCAAUUCAUAUCUCUCCGCCUCCGUUGAUUUCACGCGCCACCUCUCCCCUUUCUCUCUUGCCGACCUCCUUCGCUACCAUUUCCUUUUGCAGUACUUCUCCUGGUCUGAACUCCAUCAGAUUCCUACCUCCGGUGUACUGGUUACCACUCUUUUCCAAACCACUGGACGCGCCGCCUCCAAUUCCGGCACGGUUAACAUUACCCGGAAUCCCAUCACCAACACCGUCACCAUCAACUCUCCGCCCCCUUACUCAACUUCAAACGCCACCGUUUUAUCUCUGGUUAAAACGUUCCCCUAUAACAUCUCCAUCAUCUCUGUGAAUUCCCUUUUAGUCCCCGACGGGUUCAAUCUCAUGGCAUCGGAGACUCGGCCUCCAUUAGGCCUGAACAUAACGAAAGCACUAAUUGAUGGGCAUAAUUUUUUUGUUGCAGCGUCGAUGCUAUCGGCUUCUGGGGUGGUGCAAGAAUUCGAAGCCGACGAAAGAGGUGCCGGAAUUACUCUGUUCGUCCCAACAGACACUGCUUUUGCAGAUCUGCCGGCCACCGUGAGCAUACAGUCACUGCCAGCUGAGAAAAAAGCUGUGGUCUUGAAGUUCCAUGUCUUGCAUUCGUAUUACCCACUGGGUUCCCUCGAGUCAAUUGUGAACCCAGUCCAACCCACAUUGGCCACGGAGGCCACAGGCGCCGGUAGCUACACUCUUAACAUCUCGCGAGUUAAUGGGUCGUUGGCAAUCAAUACAGGGAUAGUUCAGGCAUCGGUGACGCAAACGGUUUUUGAUGAGAAUCCAGUGGCGAUAUUUGGGAUGUCAAAAGUGUUGUUGCCGAGAGAGAUUUUUGGUAGGAAUCCGAUAUCAACGAGCAAGCCAGGAAAUGCGGUGAUGGGCACAGCUCAGCCACCGGAUAUUUCUCUCUCGCCAGAGAGUUCUACCGGAUACGAUGGGCAACCUUCUCAUCUGUCGUCACCGCCAGGUUUUAGAGAAGACAUUAAAUCUGGAAGCAGAGUUGAAGCGGCCAUUAAUGGAUUACAGAGCCUGAUUCUUGCUCUGUGCUGUACAGUAUUGUAUGUAGCGGUAUAAGGUUUUUAAUUAUUUUUGGUGAUAAUUAAUGAUUUUUCUGUUUCCCAA